AUGUGCAAUAGAAGCAGGGGCUGUGCCCUCUGCCAGAUCCACUGGGAACUGCCUGGGCCACCCGUGCGCCUGUCCUGCCUCCUGCAGUCCCUGCUCCCUGACUCUUCAGGGACCAGGCAGGGCGGGGAAGGGGGACAGACGGGAAAGGGUCUGAAUGCUCUGGCAAUGGGAUGUUUGCCACCUCCUGUGGGGGAGAUGGGCUUUGAGGCCGAGGGCAGCAUUAGGAAUGGGCUGCAGCACUGGGUACAUUUCUAUCACCUACCCUUGACUAACCCUUGUACUUGGAAGUUCAUUCAGAGAACUCACCAGCUCGGGGGCCGCCCGCACAUGCUCAGUUUGCAGAGUCAGAGACUUGGGGGGCGUGGUGGGGACCCUCCUGGCUGGGAUAGCACACACAGAGGCCAAUCAGAAGACUGUGCCAACAUUGAGGGGGGAAAAAAAAAGAGCCCAUCUUGGAAUCAGACCCAUCUUUGCUCAAAGCGACAAGAACACGCCCCUCCUGUUCCUGGCGCUACCUCCCCCCGGCCGCGCGGUGGCGCUGCGUCCCCGCAGCGGCCCGGGCCUCUCUGGGGCGCUCGGGCGCGCAGGCCCCUUGAGACGCCAAGGGCUGCGGCCACGCGUGGAGAGGCUGCGGCUCUCCCACCGGUCACCCUGGCCCUUCUCUGCUUGGACGGUGUCUUCCUCUCCUCAGCCGAAAAUGACUUCGUCCACCGGAUCCAGGAGGAGCUGGACCGCUUUCUGCUGCAGAAAGAGCUGUCAAAGGUUCUUCUUUUCCCUCCACUCUCCAGUCGCCUCCGGUACCUGAUCCAUAGAACAGCAGAGAAUUUUGAUCUCUUGAGCAGCUUCUCCGUUGGGGAGGGCUGGAAGAGGAGGACAGUCAUCUGUCACCAAGACAUCAGGGUACCCAGUUCAGAUGGCCUCUCUGGCCCCUGCCACCCUCCUGCCUCCUACCCCAGCAAGUACCACGGUCCUCGGCCCACCUCCAACCAAGGAGCAGCCGCAGGGCCCCGAGGUGCCCGGGCUGGCCGGUGGCAUCGUGGACGAAAGCCAGACCAGCCUUUGUAUGUGCCCCGGGUACUGCGCAGGCAGGAAGAAGGGGUGCUGACCUCUACCUCGGGGCUCCAGGGAGAGGCCCAAGCUGGCAGGGACCCAGAAGAGCCUGGAGAAGUUGGUGCUGGAGACCCCAUCUCUGAUCAGGGACUCCCUGUGCUGACGACUCAGGGAACAGAGGACCUAAAGGACGCAGGACAAAGGUGUGAGAAUGAACCACUGCCUGACUCUGUUGGCCCUGAGCCCCCGGAGCCUGAGAGUCAGUCAGGGAAGGGAGAUAGGGCGGAGACGGCCACACAACUUGGGUCCAGCCUGCAGCUGGACCUGGAAGAGGGGAAGGAGAGUCCACUGGAGAAGAGGCUGGUGGCAGAGGAGGACGAGGACGAAGAGGAGGUGGAAGAGGACGGCCCCAGCAGCUGCUCGGAGGACGAUUACAGUGAGCUGCUGCAGGAGGUGAUGAGGCUCUUGAGCACGGAAAGGGAGGGCGGAGGUGAGAUCAUAGACAACCUGACAAAGAAGGAGAUUCAGAUAGAGAAGAUCCACGUGGACACGUCCUUCUUCGUGGAGGAACAGCCUGGAGAGAAGGACCUGGCCCACGUGGUAGAGAUCUAUGACUUUGAACCAGCGCUCAAGACGGAGGACCUGCUGGCAACGUUUUCUGAGUUCCAAGAGAAGGGGUUGAGGAUUCAGUGGGUGGAUGACACUCACGCACUCGGCAUCUUUCCCUGCCUGGCCUCAGCUGCUGAAGCCCUGACCCGGGAGUUCUCGGUGCUCAAGAUCCGGCCUCUCACACAGGGAACCAAGCAGUCAAAGCUCAAAGCCUUACAGAGGCCAAAACUCCUGCAUCUGAUGAAGGAGAGGCCACAGACAAAUGUGACCGUGGCCCGGAGGCUGGUGGCCCGGGCCCUGGGACUCCAACACAAAAAGAAAGAGCGGCCUGCUGUCCAGGGUCCACUGCCGCCCUGAGGCCUGGAGACUCGGCUGGCCUGGAUCUGCACGCCGAUGUAGCUGGCACCCCGACACCACAUGCCUUCACAGAUGCCAGAGCAGCCCCACGCCACCCUCAGGCUUCAUCAUGAGGCAAGGUGGGCUUUAGUUCAGUUUAGUCCCAGAAAUGGAGAAAAAAUAAAAACUCACGUUGUUCUAA